AUGGGAUUUUUGCAUUUUGAGACCCCAGAAAUUGUAACUCAUUUCUUCAAUAUUGUUGAAAAUUUAAAACCCAUAGCUAGACCAAAAAACAAACUCACCUCUUUUGAUACUAUCUUUUUUGACACUAUCUCUUCUAAUCAAAAUGAUAACUCUACCAGAAAUAAUGCUAAUACCACCUCAGAUUAUAAUAAUAAUUCUAAUAAUAAUCCUAGUAUUACUAGAAAUAAUGAUGAUGCCAUCUUGGAUUAUAAUAAUAAUUCUUAUAAUAAUUCUAGUAUCAUUAGUUAA